GUUACUCAUAUCGUCUACUAUUCGUAAGAAGCAGCAACAUGACCGGACGAGGCAAAGGAGGAAAAGGUUUGGGAAAAGGAGGAGCCAAGCGUCAUCGUAAAGUGCUCCGUGAUAACAUCCAGGGAAUCACGAAACCUGCAAUUCGUCGGUUGGCUCGUCGCGGUGGUGUCAAACGUAUCUCCGGUUUGAUCUACGAAGAAACCCGUGGUGUGUUGAAGGUGUUCCUGGAAAACGUUAUCCGUGACGCCGUUACCUACACCGAACACGCCAAGAGGAAGACGGUCACCGCCAUGGACGUUGUCUACGCAUUGAAACGUCAAGGGCGUACCCUGUACGGUUUCGGAGGUUAAUUUUACUCGUUCGACUUGCAAAUAAUCAUAAAAAAGGCCC